GCCAGCCUCAGCCUCUAUUGUGGUAAGCAGGCAAGGGAAGGCAUUUAAGUAGCGGACUUUAAACCCACAGGCACAACACUGGUCACCACUGUAGAGACCCCUGAAAUCAGAGGACAAGGCAAUAUGGAGGAGGACAUGGAUGAGGGACAGAAUCAGAAGGGAUGUAUGGAGUGUUGUCUGAAAUGUUUAGGAGGAAUCCCUUAUCCAUCCCUGAUUGCCACCAUCCUGCUGUAUGCUGGAGUGGCACUCUUCUGUGGAUGUGGACAUGAAGCUCUUUCUGGAACGGUCACCAUCCUCCAGAACUACUUUGAGGUGAUCAGGGGACCUGGAGAUGGUCUGGAUGUGUUUACAAUUAUUGACAUUAUCAAGUAUGUGAUCUAUGGCAUUGCCUCUGCAUUCUUCGUAUAUGGCAUUCUUCUGAUGGUCGAAGGCUUCUUUACCAGUGGGGCCAUCAAGGACCUGUAUGGAGACUUCAAGAUCACCACCUGUGGGCGCUGUGUCAGUGCAUGGUUCAUCAUGUUGACAUACAUCUUCAUGUUGGCUUGGCUGGGUGUGACAGCAUUCACCUCUUUGCCUGUCUUCAUGUACUUCAACAUCUGGACCAUUUGCCAAAACAUGACCGUUCUGGAGGGAGCAAGUUUAUGUCUUGACCUGCGCCAGUUUGGUGUUGUGCCCAUUGGAGAGGAGAAGACUGUAUGUGCAGGAUCAGAGAAGUUCUACAAAAUGUGUGAAUCGAAUGAGCUGGAUAUGACUUUCCAUUUGUUUGUAUGUGCGUUGGCUGGGGCUGGAGCAGCAGUCAUCGCCAUGAUCCACUACCUGAUGGUGCUGUCUGCCAACUGGGCCUAUGUGAAGGAUGCAUGUAAAAUGCAGAAAUACGAGGACUGCAAGUCUAAGGAGGAGCAGGAGCUGCAUGACAUCCACUCUACACGCUCCAAGGAACGGCUCAAUGCUUACACAUAAGACAGGAAGCAGCAGUGAGGGCAAGUGGACCAACCCCAUGGCCAACCCAUUACCUCUCGCACAAACAUUAUUAUUAUUAUUAUUAUUAUUAUUAGUGCUAGCAGUAGUGUUGUAGUUUUUUUCACAUUAUUGUCAUUUUUAAGAGAUUGUGCUGGUUCUUUUUUCUUCCCCCACCACAUAUUACAAUUUUUGAAUAUAUUUCUCUUUUUAAACACCUUUUAGUAUCAGUACAUGAAUCAUUCUUAUGUAGAAGGAUGGUUAUUGGGGUGAAAAAAAGCACAUUUUUUCAUGUGUGUCUGUCUCUUAAGGUAUCAUUAUCAAGGACUUAAAGCAUGAAAAACAUUUUGGGAAAAAAUGAUUUCUCUCUCUCUUUUUUACUCUCUCUCUCUCCCUCUCUUUCUG